AUUAAUUUUUUCCACGUACUACCAACUGUUUUCUCUUCAGAACAGCCAACUUAAGAUAAUUGAAAUUCCUCGCAGAAUUCAAACUGUCACUGUGACAGAAUUAUCUUGGCCAACGAAAGGUAAAUCUGGUAAAUCAAAAUGGGAAUAGAUUAUUAUGGAAUACUACAAAUUCCAAGAAACAGUGCGGAUUUGGACAUAAAAAAAGCGUAUCGAAAUUUAGCAUUGGAAUUUAAAAAAGAGUUGCUGGAUAAUCCCGAGGCGAAUCAGAUAUUUUCGCUAAUAGGCGAAGCCUACGACGUUCUCAGCCAUCCCCUAAGGAGAGCUAUAUUCGAUCAAUAUGGAGAAGAAGGGCUGAAAAAGGGGGUUCCAAUGGUGGACGGGUGCUUCCCUGCAUACCACUAUCACGGGGAUCCCCUAGCCACCUACAAGGACUUCUUCGGAACAACCUCGCCCUACGCAGACCUCCUCGACGUGUUGAGCAACCCGCCACUGCUGUGCGAACUUGCUGACGGCACGAAGUGCCUGCGCAAGAAGCAGGAGCCCAUCAAGCACCCGCUGCACCUGACCCUUCACGAGGUGUACUUCGGCGGCGUCAAAAAGAUGAAAAUUCACCGGCUGGUCUUCACCAACGACGAGAGGACCGUCACGGAGGUCAAGGAGAAGAUCCUUAACGUGCCGAUCAAGCCCGGAAUCAAGGCGAAAACGGAGAUCGUUUUCCCGGACGAAGGGGACCAGAAUCCUGCUACCAUACCAGCGGAUGUUGUGUUUAUUAUCGAGGAUAGACCACACGAAACUUUCGUUAGAGACGGUGAUAAUCUCGUGAUGACUGUAUCGGUGUCUUUGGAAGAUGCUCUUUUGGGAACCACCGUUACAGUGAAGACAAUUGACCACAGGGUCAUUAGAGUACCCAUAACGGAUGUUAUUAGCCCUGGUUACGAAAAAAUCGUGGAAAACGAAGGCAUGCCCAAACUGGAGGAUUAUCCGGAAAAGGGAAAUCUGAUCAUAAGAUUCAAUGUGGCCUUCCCGACCUACCUGCCGAAGACCUGCAAGGAAAUAUUUAGAAAAGGCUUCCAUUUGUGCAAACUCGAAGGCGGCGGAAUCCAACACGAAGUCAUAAAUAAAAUGGUGCUCGCCGAUAAAAUUCUUCGCGUCGUCCCCGAUGAGCAGAUACCAUUUGUUAUAAGACAUUAUUAAAAAAUUAUGUUAAUUCAUAAAGUGUAAUAUUUAGUUGAAAUUAAAAAAG